GACUUAUACUUCAAAGCUUUGUUCAAUUGUGAUACCAAUUGUUCUGCAAACAUGAUUAUAACAGAGGCUCCAACUUAUAGCCAAGACACAUUCAUACUGCAAUUAAUUAAUGCUGUCUUUGCGCUUGGCAAAGCUACAACUGAAAGACUCAAAGAGAAAUGUGGCAGAGAGGCCGAGGCUGUAUGUGAUGAAUUUGGUACAGCAUUUGGAGAGGAAUUUACGGAAGCUUUGGAUAACAUGUGCUUCAAGGGCAUUGAUGGCCAAGAUGUUGCGAUUCGUGACCGAGAGAGUUACAGGGCUUAUGAUUUCUUCUACUGGGAGGAUGGAACUCCAAUCAAGAUUGGUAGAUCAGGCACUGAGGGUAGGACUU